CUACGGAUCACAUGAUCUAAAAAUGGUAGACACAUGUACAUAGCCAGUCAUUAUUUGAAUCCCCCCUGGACCACCAGUUAAAAGAUGUGAAAUACAGAGUUCUAGUAACAUUACUACAAGAUGGAGAGUGAAUGGUUUGAGAGAGACUCGGAUUAUCUUCUUGUCGAAGGCCAGUGUACAGAUGAACUUCAGUCUCCACUGAGGAGAUCAACCAGGCUGAAGUAUAAUUGUGUGUCUGUGUCGAACAAGCUUGUUGCAUUUGGUUCUAACACAGGAGGCAUCUACAUUUUCUCCAGAACAGACCAGAAACUUCUGCAAAUUGCUUUUGCUGACAAGGAAACAAAUAGUGUAUCAUUAGUGAAGAUAAGUCCACAUGAAAAAUAUGUUGCUUUUGUUAGCUCAAAUAAUGUAUAUGUGUUAGACCUUAAAUUGGAGUCCAGGUCAAAAGCAGAGACAUUACGUUCGACCUCUGACCUUUCUGGUUGCUUGGUUACAAAUCUUCUUUGGGAUCAAACCAGUGCAAAACUCUAUAUAGGAGAUGACCUCGGAAAAGUUUCCAUGAUGCCAGUAUACUCAAACAAGGCAAAAAACCUGUUCAGUAUACCGUUGGAAGUGAUAAUGAAACUUGAUUCAGCUAUUGUACAGCUAGAUAAAGCCGAAGAUAAGAUACUGGUGUCAACAGUAACCAGAUGUUACCUAUGUGAUACCAACAAACAAAAUUACUCACAGAUUGGAAAGAAACUAAGAGAUGGCAACUUUGGUGCCUGUUUUCUGACUCAAGGUUCAUCUGCACCUAUGAUCUACAGUGCUAGGCCAGGAUCCAGGAUAUGGGAGGUUGACUUUGAGGGAAAUGUUUUAAACACACAUCAGUUUAAGCAACUGUUGGCUGUACCACCCAGUCAUGUUGUUAGUCUGGAUCAAAAAUACAGGUCAUCAUCAGAAAAUAGCACAUGCAAAGCACAGUCAGUUGGAUUUCCAAAAUUGAUCAUACUCAGGAACAACUUCUUGUUAACCUGGACUGCUUCAAGUGUGUUUGUCCUUGACCCCAUAAAUGUCAAGGUUAUUCUAUGGACUAAUCAGUUUUCAGGAAUACAGGACAUAUGUUGCCUCGACAAAGAGAUCUAUAUUUUCUUUGAAUCAAUGAAGUUACAGAGCAUAUCUUUCCAAUCUGUUACUACCGUAAUUCCCCUGUUUAUUAGGUCAAAUGAUAUAGAAUCUGCGGCACUUUUGUGCAUCAACCAUAGGAACGUUUUUCUCCUCAAACAUGUUCGGAAAAAAAUAGGCCUGAAUGAGUUAAACAGUAUAUAUGAUAAGCUUGUGUCUGGGAAUAUGGGAGUAUUAGCUGAUCAAAUUCACGAAGUGAUAGUAAAUGUUGAGAACAAGAUUUCCGAUGAGUCUGAAAAUGAGACCUCGGGCUCGGGACGAAGUAGAUCAGGUAGCGCAAUAAGUGGAACAAGUGUUGGAGGUGUGCUUAGUGGUGGAUCAAACAGUGCAAUAACUGGGAACAGCAGUGCAAUAAUUGAGAAAAAUGAAAUUGAAAUGGUUACAUGUGAUGUAGAUCCUAAAAAUCCUGAAAUAGAAAGUGAUAUUAACCAGAAUUUAAACAAAAACCAUAAAGAUGUAAUAAGUAAAGAUGAUAUCAGUUCAGAUAGACCAAGUUUAGAGGACAAGACAGUGAGACCUGACAUUAGUUGCACAAGUAAUGUCCAGAAGCAGUCUAAAUUUGGAAAUGAGAUUGCUGAGGAUGUAAACAAAGUAGAAGCUGUUGAAUAUAAUAAUACAGCUGUUGAAGAUGUUGAAAAUAUCUCGGUUGAUGACAUUGAUGGGAAGUUAGAAGGAGAACAAGAAAUUAUUGAUGAAAGUGUUGAAAGUGAUAAAAGAACAGAAAUAAAUGGAGACAGCUUUGAAGAACAUAUGGAAAAAGAAGGAAAUGGACUAACAGGUAAUGUAGAACUUGGAAAAGAGUAUGAAGAACAAGCCAAAACUGAAAAUGGAGAAGCCAAGUUGAAGGACAGUUUAAAUGGUAGAAAAGAAGAUUUCAAUGAGAAAUUUGUUGACACUAAUACAGUGAAUGGUAUAAAGCAGUCAUUAGAUAUAAAAGAAAACUUAGCUGAACUUGUACCAGAGAAUGAUAAUGGGACUGCGAAAUCUGAUCUUUGCACUGACCAUGGGUAUAAUACUUCAAAUCUACAUGUAUCAGAUGUGAAAGGGACAGUAAGUCCUGUUGCCUUGGCAACAAAUGAUGCUGACGAUGAUUUACACAUGGAAGUUGAAGAUGAUGUUGGAUUCUUGCCAGUUGUAGGCCAGGGAGCUAGAAGAUUGUCUCUAACAAGUUUGUCAAGUGUUGACAGUGCUGAGGUUUACUUAGAUCAACCAUUUCCUAAUGAGUUUGAUGAAGUCUCAGACAAGAUUGCUAUUCCUAUGAAGAGAAAAUCUAGCAAGAAAAAGAACCGCCGAAAAUCCACUGCUUUUGAAACCAGGGAUACUAAGGCUGAAGUGCGGAUGACAAGAUCACAGAGCCUUGGAACCCCAGAUAACAGAGAAAGGGCUGUGUCACCGCAGGGAUCUGUUCACAGUGUUAAAGAGGAAGAUUCUAUUUCUGUAUACUCAAACGAUUCCGUGAUCGAGGAAGGAAACACAGGAUCUGCAAAGGACAUGCCUGACGGCAUUAAUACGAAUAAGUGUGCUGAAUCUAUAAGUAUUGGUUCACCUUUGUCUGUGAGUGGAGAUUUUGGCCAGAGUGAAGAGUUCAGCAAGAGUGCAGAUUACCUCCAGAAUGGAGAGUUUUCUCCAGGGGAGGCUACUCUAUCUCGUUCCUGGGAGAAGAAUAAACAGUCGCCGUCUGCUCCUAAAACAGCCUUACUACAGCUUAAAAACAAAAUGCAGACAAAGGUCACGUCCAGCACCAAGAAUCUGAUAAGAAAUAUCAAAGAGAAAAAUCUACUAACUAAAGCUAAAGAGUUUGCAGAAAAUUUGUCACAGGGAUCUGAAGUUUAUCUGCAUUCAGGAGAAGGUCAGUUUCAUGAAAUUCCAGAUGUUCUGAUGACAUAUCCAAACUUUGGACAGCACUUAAAAGAAACAAAUAAACAGAUUUCUCUACAAACCGAAGAUGUUGAUGUUGUUGAUGGUUUAGAUAAAGCCAUAGUUGACUGUGCAGAGCUUGAAAAAAUUACUUUGAAAACCAAAGAAAAAAUGCUGGAUAUUGAAAUUUUAACAAAUCCAGACACAGUCUACACAGUAUUAUCGGACUGGGUCUCAGUCUUAAACAAAACUUUUCAAGAGUUUCAUUUGAAGAAAUACUGUGAUAUAGAGAAUGACAAAAGUGAAAAUAAUGAGUUGUCAGAGUCUUUAAAAGUGAAUGAGACUGCUUCUCAUGUUAUUGACUGUGAUAUGGUUUUGAAAACUCAAAAUUGUGAAGCAGUCGAAAAAAAUGAUCCCAAAGAAUCAGAUGAGACCAGUCAGGUUAAUGUAGACUGUGACUUGGUAGGGAAUAAGUGUCAGACUGAUAAACAUAGAAUUGUAAGAAAUUCUGAAUCUGUGAUUAAAAUACUCAGUGACAGGGAUUUUUGUUACCUAACAGACCCUCUUUGUAUUUCUUCAGAUCUCUUCCAAGAUGUUUGUGAACUUACUCAAGCUUGUUUUGAUAUUGGUUGCCAUGGUGACAUUUUAAAAUUUAUUGAAUUUAGAUUCUGUGAAAAGAACUUUCCAGAAAAUAAUCAUGAUUUACCUGAUGCUGAAAAGGUUGUUACUGAUGUUAGUGAUACUGAUGUUGUUAUAAAAGCUGAUAAAGACUACACUGAAAAUUUGGAAACUGCCACUUCCAGUGAAAAGAAAUGUGCCACUGAUAAUGGGAGAGAUUGUGAUAAAAGCUUUCCUUGUGACGAUGAAGAACAUUCGGAUAAAAACAAACUUAAAGAGGAUCUUGAUGAAAGUGAAAUUGGAACUGAGGCAUCAAAUUUGCCAGAAGUUAAGCAUAAUAGUCUUGGUGAUGAAGAAGUUGAAAUAGAAAAUCUGGCUAUAGAUAGUAGGACUGCACUAACAGGUGGCAAAUCAAAUGCAGAAAAAUUGCAAUUACCUAAUGAGCAGAGUUGUGAAACUAACAGUGCUAAUGGAACUGACAAACAUUUCGGGACUGAUUUUAAUGAAGCUGCCAAACAAAAGGAAAACGGUAUAACUGGUUUAGCUAAUGAUGAUGAAAUACAGGAUAAAGCGAUGGCAUUUUUCGUGAGGUGCUAUUUUCCCUAUCUAACUGUAUUUAGAGUUAGAGAGGAGACAUUGAAAGGAAAAUGCUGUUAUAAUGUAUGGAGUGCCUUAGUGACUUGUAUGGAAGGGAAGGCAAGGUAUGAUGGAGAGAAGUAUGGAAUUGAGGAUAAAUCUAUCAUUCAGUAUUUGUUGGAGAAUCAGGCUGUCACAGAUCAAGGGGCCAUGUUAUUGGGACACAUAUCAAACUUGUUUCACAGCAAUCUGGGAUCUGUAGUUGAUAUUUGUGUGAGAAGUCAUCCAUUUGUACACCCUCUAGAUGUGAUGUACUUGUGUAGACACCACCAGGUUGCCGUGGAAACAGUUUUGAAACAAUACAUGAUCUGGAUGACCAUGGAUGAAACUUCUGCCAUUAAAAAGCAGAUUCUGUCAGACAUUGGCAAACAUCUCGAAGUUUGUUUAGUAUGGUCAGAAUUGUUACUGUCCGAAAAUGAUAACACUUCUACAGGGAUGGAUGAAAAUGGGUGUCCAAGAUGUAUGGCUCACAAGAUGGAGAGAAAGAAUGAGGCUUUGAUAGAUGAGUUCACUAGUCAUAUACAAGCAGCUGAUGAUCAACAAAUGCUCCUAGAAAUGUUCAGAAAACACGGAUAUUGGGUUGGUGUUCUGAAGUUGUUGAAAAAGAUUGGACCAAGAUCAGACCAUUUAAAAUUGGUUUUACAGCUUGGAGAUAUUGACCUGUUGACUGGUCAAAAUGAUCUUGGAUAUCAACCAGAGUCAAUUUGUGACUGGCAGGAAGUACUUGCUGCGUACCAGAAGAUAUCAGAAACAGGGAACCAGGCAACACAGGAAGUGAGCUGUGAUUGGUCAAAACUGAUCACAUGGAACAAUCUAGCCGUAUUAUUGGUCAGGCAUAUUGGUUCAGAAGAAGCUUUGUCCCUGCUAGAAAAGCAUGACAUCCCUGAAGGAGUUUUGUCCAAAGACUUUUACCAAGUUUGCCUUCUCUCUGGAAUGGUUCAGAGACAGCAAAAGUUGUUGCUUCAUUCUAUGUUGGAGAAAGUGGAUAGUUAUCUCUGGUCUCAGAGACCUACUGCCCUUACCCCUCAGGUGCAGUAUCUAGCAGCAUUUGAGAAGAAAACUCCAGCUGAAGGAGCUGGUACUGGCAUGCAUACAGACUUACUGCAAGCAAUGGUUGGCAGUUUAAAGGAGAGGGAGACAUUUGAACAAUAUAUGGAGGACCCUGAAUGUCACUGGGGAAUUGAAACCAAGAUCAACUUAUUAUGUCCAUGUUGCUACAUUUCCCUUAAGGAGACAGUUUCACAUGAAGAACCAGGAGUGCUCAUAUUUAGAUGUGGUCACGGAUUCCACAAAUUUUGUUUGCCAAAAAAAGAAUGCAUGUUAUGUGAUGGAGUGUUAGAAGCGGAAACCACUCAGAAAGCCUUUUACAUUUAACCUUUAGCCUGCUGGUGGCAAGUGAUUCUGCCUUUGGGACCAGUGCAAACCAAGAUGAGCCUGCACGGUUGGAAAAUUUUCAUUGAACACCCCUUCAAAUAAUAAAUGGCCGAAAUAAUGAGGCCAACGUGGUAGAUGGGGAAACCCAAGGUGUAACCUCUAGAUAUAAAGAUGUUACUUACUUACUAAAUGGUACUGCCCAAAUUGAAUGAUAUUAGAUAUUUAGCAGGGUAAAGGUUAAAAGAACAACUAUGUUACACUACCAUAAUCUAUUUUGGAGGAGACUAAAAACCAAGUUGUUCCAAGUAUAAAAAAAAAGGAUGUCAGUGACACAGACAGAGCCUCAACAGCACUAAGAUGGGGCAUUUAGUGGAUAUCAUUUAUAUGCCUACUGGAGAAAAUAAAACAUCAAGGCAUUAGUAUUGUUAACUUGCUUUCAUUCUUAUCAAAUACAGUUGAAAAUCAGUGUCUCAAACUUGUUUAUCCCCAAAUUCUGCCUGUCUCGGAAACAUUUUCAAGUCCAGUCCUGAAAACACACGCAAAAAAUAUCAGUUUUAAGUCAAAUUUCGGUUACCUCAGGAGUAAAAUGCUCAAUCCUUUGGAUAAUCAUUUCAACUGUAUGAUUCUGUUAUAAACUUAUGCUGAGGUCAGUAUGCAGUUUUGUUGACACGUCUGACAGCAAUAUGUGCUAGGUCAAUAGUUACUUUACAUACACAAGACAUUAUAUAAAACAUUGAGAAAAUUGGUAAGAUCAGUAUUGCAAUUCCCCCCCCCCCCCCCCCCCCAUUAUCAGGUGUUGUGGACCAAGCAUUCUUCAUCAAUCAGAUAAGACUUAGUGUGCUUAGGUAAAGUGUGUAAUACUAAAGUAUAUAAAACUUACAAUCAGCGAGUUGGUGCGAGAGAAACAUUCUGAAAAUGUUUUAGACUACAGAGCCUUGCAGUAUAAAUAUAUAUAAAGUCAUGUCCUUGUUCACCAUAGAAAUAGGAGAAUAAACGGGUUGUAAGUUUUGCUUAUAUUAAAGCAUAAAAAAAUAUAUACAUAUAUGCUUGUUAUAGCACUGGGAACAAGGCUUGAACAUUGUUGUUUUUUAGCUCACCUGAGCACAAAGUGCUCAAGGUGAGCUUUUGUGAUCGCCGUGUCCGUCGUCGCCCGUCAGUCGUCAACAAUUUGACUGUUAACACUCUAGAGGUCACAGUUUUGACCUAAUCUUAAUGAAACUUGGUCAGAAUGUUACCCUCAAUAAAAUCUUGGACGAGUUUGAUAUUGGGUCAUCUGGGAUCAAAAACUAGGUCACCAGGUCAAAUGAAAGGAAAAGCUUGUUAACACUCUAGAGGUCACAAUUUUGAUCUAAUCUGAAUGAAUCUUGGUCAGAAUGUUACCCUCAAUAAAAUCUUGGACGAUUUUGAUAUUGGGUCAUCUGGGGUCAAAAACUAGGUCACCAGGUCAAAUCAAAGGAAAAGCUUGUUAACACUCUAGAGGUCACAAUUUUGACCUAAUCUUAAUGAAACUUGGUCAGAAUGUUAUCCUCAAUAAAAUCUUGGACGAGUUCGAUAUUGGGUCAUCUGGGGUAAAAAACUAGGUCACCAGGUCAAAUCAAAGGAAAAGUUUGUUAACAUUCUAGAGGUCACAGUUUUGGCUCAAUCUUAAUGAAACUUGAUCAGAAUGUUACCCUUAAUAAAAUCUUGGACGAGUUCGAUAUUGGGUCAUCUAGGGUCAAAAACUAGGUCACGAGGUCAAAUCAAAGGAAAACUUUGUUAACACUCUGGAGGUCACAAUUUGGGCCCAAUCUUAAUGAAACUUGGUCAGAAUGUUACCCUCAAUAAAAUCUUGGACGAGUUCGAUAUUGGGUUAUCUGGGUUCAAAAACUAGGUCACCAGGUCAAAUCAAAGAAAAAGCUUGUUAACACUGUAGAGGUCAUAUUUAAGACUAUAUCUUAAUGAAACUUGGUCAGAAUGUUAAUCUUGAUGAUCUCAACGUCCGUUUUGAAUCUGGGUCAUGUAGGGUCAAAAACUAGGUCACUAGGUCAGAUCAAAGGAAAAGCUAGUUAACACUGUAGAGGCCACAUUUAUGACCAUAUCUUAAUGAAACUUGGUCAGAAUGUUAAUCUUGAUGAUUUAUAGGUCAAGUUUAAAUCUGGGUCAUCCGGGGUCAAAAACUAGGUCAUUAGGUCAAAUCAAAGGAAAAGCUUGUUAACAUUCUAGAGGCCACAUUUAAGACUGUAUCUUCAUGAAACUUAAUCAGAAUGUUAAUCUUGAUAAUCUUUAGGUCAGGUUUGAAUCUAGGUCAUCCGGGGUCAAAAACUAGGUCACCAGGUCAAAUCAAAGGAAAAGCUAGUUUACACUUUAGAGGCUACAUUUAUGACCAUAUCUUUAUGAAACUUGGUCAGAAUGUUGCUCUUGAUGAUCUUUAGGUCAAUAGGUCAGGUGAGCGAUACAGGGCCUUCAUGGCCCUCUUGUUUUCUGUGUUAGUUAAGGUUUAGGAGUAUAUCACCAAAACACAGAAAUAUUUUAUAAAUGAACAACAUCGUUACCAAUAUUUUACCUGACCAUCACAUAAUCUGCCGUACUUUCCCGUACUUAAAAUAUUCUGAAAAAGUUGUCCCCCUUUGAAAAUGAAUGCCAUUUGUAAAGAAAUAAAAAUAAACAAUUGCUGAAAACUGUGUUUUACCUGGUUAUGUGAAAUUUCAACACUCGCAUGCUAUUGCAAAUGCAUCAAAAUGAACAUGUGUAACAGUUCCUUGAAAAUGGUGAAUUUUUAAAGGCGCUUGAUUGUCUGGAAGUGGGGUCCCUUUAGGCAGUUCUUUUCCGGAAUUCAAUGUUUAUAUCAGUAUACUGACACUUGUUUUGUAGUGUAAUAUACACGCUAUUAUUACAAAAACUACAAAACAAGUGUCAGUAUACUGAUAUAAACACUGAAUUCCGGAAAAGGACUGCCUAAAGGGGCCCCACUUCCGGACAGUCAAGCGCCUUUAAAAACUCACCAUUUUCAAAGAACUGUUACACAUGUUUGUUUUGAUGCAUUUGCAAUAGCGUGCGAGUGUUGAAAUUUCACUUAACCAGGUGGAACACAGUUUUCAGCAAUUGUUUAUUUUUAUUUCUUUACAAAUGGCAUUCAUUUUCAAAGGGGGAUAACUUUUUCAGAAUAUUUUAAGUACGGGACAGUAUGGCAGAACAUGUAAUGGUCAGGUAAAAUAUUGGUAACGAUGUUGUUUGUUUAUCUAAACUUUCUGUGUUUUGGUGAUAUACUCCUAAACCGCAAUUGUAAAAUACUCAAAAUAUGAACUUUCAGAAGAUUAUUCUCCUUUGAAUAAUCCAUAUAACUGGUUGCCUUUACUACUAUUAAAUUUUUGUUAUUGCUUGUUUGUGUAUGUUAAACAUCGUUGUGUAUUACAGUAUUUAGGCAAGGUAGUAUUGUUAACCUUUAUAUAUUUAAUUUAAGAGAAAUAAUCUUGCAAAAUGUCCAUUUUGCCAAAUUAGAAAUAUAUGCGCCACGCCAUGAGAAAACCAACAUAGUGCGUUUGCGACCAGCAUGGAACCAGACCAGCUACGCAUCUGUGUAGUCUGGUCAGGAUCCAUGCUAUUUGUAACAGUUUCUCUAAUAGGCUUUAAAAGUGAACAGAAUGGACCCAGACCAGACUGCGUGGAUGCACAGGCUGGUCUGGAUCCAUGCUGAUGUUGGUUUUUUCAUGGUGCGGCUCAUAUUCUGUCAUAUAAUUAUCCAAAUGCCAAUGUAAAAACAUGAUAGCUUGGAAAUCCUGUGCACCACAUUACGUUGGUAACAUAACCUCAGUAUUAAUUUCUGUCCUCUGAAAGGUAAAUAAACAAUGUCACAUGCAGCUUUGUUUACAGUAUUUUUUUGUUUUUGAGAAACACAUGGUCAGUGGUAUGUUCUAAUCAUUCAGGAAAAUGUGACAGUUGUGCAGAAAGAAAAAAAAAACAAAUUUAUUGUGUGUUUUUUUUUAGUUCGACUAUUCAAAGAAACUUCACGUGUCUUAGGGGUUAUAAAAAAAGUUGAUAGCAGGAAGUCCUAUAACUGUUAGACAUGCAUUUUGGCCAAAUAAUGCCCUCUUUUGGACUUAGAAAUUCCUGGUUAAAGUUUUGCGUGCAAGUUACUAUCUCCAAAACAAAUGCAGAUACUGGAUUGAAACUAUGGAUAUGUUAAGAUUUAGUGUAUAUUUCUGCUUCAGGUACAAUUCAAAUAGUCGAGCAUUGGCUGUCUUAUGGACACCUCUUGUUUAUUCAUACGGAUAAACACACAACAUGAAAUUUCAUGCCCACAAUAUUAAACCCUUCCUCAGUAUAUUUUAUCCUUUGAAUAAAGACUGGCUGCAAACAAAGGCCACUAUUUGACUCUUACAUAGGUGGUGUUUUUGGGUUUUACUGUACUUUUAUUUUUAGGUUGUUUUAUUGCUCAUUAACUGCUCAAAUAUCGAUAUGUUUUAAGCCAGUGUUUCAGUUUAUCUAGAGUAUGUACAUCAAUGCAUUACCUAAAUUAUGUGAUGAUUAACCAGAAUUUUAAAAUAUAUAUGUGGUAAAUAUAUGUGCAAUAAAAUGUUGAUCAUA